ACGAGAGAGGGCGGGGCAGUUGUGGUAGGGGUGAAAGUCGUUGGUGUUUACUAGGCGUGAGGUGAAGAAGAUUGUUGAGGAAUAAAAAAAAAAAAAGAACGAAAGAAUUGCAGCUGUCCAUCCUUUUUCUCUCUCCUCAACUUUGGGCCCUGGAGGCUCCCAACCUCGCAAGCCUCCGCAGCUAUGGGGCUCCGGAAGAAGAAUAAGAGCCCGCCACUCCUGAGCCAUGAGUUCGUUAUCCAGAACCACGCGGACGCCGUGUCCUGCCUGGCCAUGGGCCUCCUCUUGGGGCUUAUGUUCGAGGUUACAGCCAAAUAUGCCAUCAUGUUUAUUACUGUUCAGUACAAUGUUACAUACACCACAGAUGGCAGGCCUGAGCCAAUACAUUUCUAUGAGUAUGGUCCAAAAGAUGUGGCCACCAUCUUUUUCUACAUGCUUAUAGCCAUUAUUCUGCAUGCAGUGAUUCAGGAAUACAUACUAGAUAAAAUUAAUAGACGUCUUCACUUGUCAAAAACAAAGCAUAGCAAAUUCAACGAAUCAGGGCAACUAGCAGUUUUCUACCUGUUUUCAUUUUUCUGGGGAGCAAGUAUUUUGUCUGCAGAAGAAUUCACAACCAAUCCAACUUUGUUGUGGAAAGAUUACCCGCAUUCUCAAAUGUUUUUUCAGGUUAAAUUCUUCUAUAUCUGCCAAAUUGCCUACUGGCUUCAUGCACUACCAGAACUCUACUUCCAAAAGAUUAGAAAGGAAGAUAUUCCUAGACAGUUGCACUAUAUCUGCCUUUAUAUUUUCCACAUAUCUGGUGCCUACAUUUUGAAUCUGCAGCGUUUGGGCUUAAUUUUGCUUGUACCUCAUUACCUUGUGGAACUUAUUUUUCAUGCCUCACGUCUUUUCUACUUCAGUGAUGAGAAUAAGCAGAAAGGAUUUACCCUUUGGGCUCUACUCUUCGUAAUGGCUCGUCUUCUGACUUUAACUUUGUCAGUUCUCACAUUUGGAUUUGGUCUGGCAAGAGCAGAAAAUCCUGGCUUUUCCAUAGCAGAAGGAAACUUCAACAUACUAACUGUUAGAAUUAGCUGUCUGGCUGCAGUUUGUUUGACCCAAGCUUGGAUGAUGUGGAAAUUCAUCAAUUUCCAAUUAAAGAAAUGGAGAGAACAUAAUCAGAGCCAAAUUCCUAAGAAAAAUGCAAACAUAAAGAUUAAACCAACAAGAAAGGAAUUGGGCAAAGCUAACUUUGUCAAUGGAGCAGUAAAAUUUGAAGAGGGCACAUCACCUAGAAAAAGGAAAUCAAAAAAUUUGUGAGCACAGAACCAGACAACAAUGUUUUAAUUGAAGACUUUGGUGAUUAUUGAAAAAGUUCCAUCAUGAGAGAGAGAGACUAUUUGGCUGUAUCCACUAAAGGAUUCUGGUUGAAAUAUAUUUUAAAAAACUCAUCAAAACAAACUUACGAUGAGAAUGCUUCAACAUGAGUUUUAGCUUAUUUAACUUAGAUACUCACAAUCUCCACUAUUCAUUUCAGUCUUUGAAAAAUGAUUUGUCUUACUCGUGCAUGUAAGUACAAAUCCUUCAAUGCUAGCGCAGGUUUAUAAAUCGGAUAUGUUUUUUAUUUGAAGUUUUCAAAUAUAAUUAAUAUUUCAUUUAAAUAUAAAGUUCCUAGAAAUUUUGAUUUUUGGACUUAGAGCUGAAGUUAUGUUAGAUUUUUGUAAGAAAAAGUUUUGCACAAUAUUCUCUUUAUAUAAUACUGUCUGAAAUGUCUCUAUUCAGAAGCAAUUUAACAUGUUUUACUAUUUUAAAAGUUCAUCAACUUCUGAUAACUAUCUCUUUAGCUAAAUGCAAUGUUUGAGAGAGAAUGAAAUCAGUGAAUAUCUUCAUCUUGGAAAAUUUCCAAUUUGGGCCACAAUGUGUGUUUGGCAAUGACUGUCAAGUUGUAAUUUAAGGGCAGAUUUUGCAGAGUUGGUCUGCUGAAUCUUGUAAUAUGAGAACCCCACACAGUUGGCUUUAUUUGUAUAUAAAUAUAUAUAUAUAUAUAUAUAUAUAUGGCUUCUUGACAUCUUCUCAAAAGCAAGUUUUGAAAUGAAAUGCUUUUUCAAAUGGUGCUUAAGUUUGAUUUAUUUUGCUUUAGAGAGUCUUGAAAAGUUUAAUUGUAUCUCAAAAUGAUUGCUUAAUAUCAGAGAUGUAUGUCAUUUAGAAUAGAAAAAAAGUCAAAUUUCUGGUAUGUAGUAUAAUAAACAGACAUGAUUUCUUUUUCUCAUUGCAAAACAGUGGUAUUAGACUAAACCUGGCUCGUCAAUGUCAUAAUUUCAGCCAACAGGUCUGUUUCAGAAUACCAAAAGCUUUUAAUUCCAAAACAGAACCCUUCAUUAAUACCUAUUACAAUACAUAGAGUUGACAUGUACAAUCACUAAAGAGCACCGCUGUGUGAUACAAUAUCCUGUUAUAAUUAAAGCUUAGAAAAAUGGUUGACCUUUAAGAGAAACAUUGUGAAAUCCCAAGAGCUUGGUGGUCUCUUGUGUUUUGCAUUAGUCUGGCGAUGAUAUUUUUAAACUUUGAACAAGCUGAUCUUUAUGCCAUGGCACAAACUGGUUUUUAAACUCCUUUCUGCUUAAAAAGCAGGUUGCCAUGCAGCAUGGGAGGGAGGGUUGCUGCUUGAAUAAAAAUAAAUUUAAGCCCCCAUUAGGUUCAUGGAACUAGUUUUAGGCAGUGUUUUCAGGCUUUUAUGUAGAAAUUUUUCUAAUCUUUAUGCUUUCCCAUGCUAUCUUCUGGAAAAGUAGGGAGUGAAACCUUUUCUGUAGACAAGUGAGACAAAUGGAAACUUAAGACUGCAAUCCUGAAACCACAUUCUAAGCUCAGUAUUUUAAAGUGAGUAAUUAAACAGUAAGCGCCUUUGCUCUUUAUAUGUACUGUUGCUAUAGGGAUUUUACAACUGCCAGUGAAACUUAUAUCUUAAAUUGUGGGUUUCCCAUCCUUCAUUUGGGUUAUCUAAAAGCAUUAACAUGUAUGAUUUACUUAAAUGGUCCAAGCUGAUGAAAGUUUGUUUCAAUCCAAUACACUAUUGAAAAUUGUCACUGUUACAAACAUUCUGGUUUGUAUCUAGUAGCUUGAUAACAACCUCCACAGGUAUUACCAUAAGCACAAAGGUUUCCCUACUCUGUUCAGUGUAGGCUUUAUGUACACAUUCUCAUAGAGUGCACGGAGUUCUCUUAACAUUGCAUGCAGUUGGGAAGUUUUUGCAUACAUAAAAGCUCUUGGGGACAAAAUGCUUAAAACGGAUACAUCAGGUUCUCUCAUUAUGAGCACAUUGGCAGGGGCAUCAAAGAUGGCAGGUGUGUGUCCUUGUUCCAUGCACACAGUAACUGUAUAUCUGAUUUCAAUUCAAUUCAGAUAAAUUAAAUCACACAGCUAUUAUAGGUUACUGGGUUCUUUUUAACAUUCACACAAACUGAUAGGUAAUAAGCAAGGUUUGUCACAAUUUGCUAAAUAUCAGGAAAGGAGUACAGGAGAGGAAUCUACUGUGAUGUUGGCAAACUUUUUCUUAUUCAGAAAUCAAACUUUUUGCAUCUGUCCUGUGGUGAAAUCACACCUUCCUUCUGACCACACUUCUGUGAACAAGUGACCUAAAUCGUUUUUAUUUCUCAUUAAGCGUUCAGUCAAACUAUUCAGUCACAUGUAUUUAAAUCUUGCAGCAUGGAUUGAAUCAUUAUUUUAACAUGUUUUUUAUAUGUUACAUAAUGUAGUCAUAUCAUUUAUGUGCAAAAUGCUAUUCAGGAUUGGAACCCAUUUUUCUUAUUUGCUAACUUGUUUUGUGUGCAAACUAAUUAGAGGAAUUUGCCUGACUUCUCACAAUCCUGUGUAUUUCUACCGAAGAUGUUUACCAUUGAACUAGAAUAUAUUUUUUUAUGAUUUUAAUAAAACUUGUUUGUACAAUGA